AUGGCUUCAAACAGAACCACCACCCCACUCUCCACAAAUAUCACUACUACUGCUACUACUACUGCUACUACUACUACUACUACCGCCGCCUCAUCCAUCACUCAAGGUCACAUUCGUUGCAUACACAACUCGCAUACUUACUCAAAACAUGCCAUCUUGAUACCCAGUUCGUUGAAUACAUUGUUGCAUUCGGAUAAACACCUCAAGUAUCAUUUCCACAGCAUUGGUGGAGAUUUCAUACGACUUUCGUCGUACAAGCGAUUCAAGCAGUUGUUUCACCUUGGAGGCGGGUCGCUUAUCAAAACAAUUGUCUUUGACUUGUCGACGUUUUUGAAACAGGAGUUGAAUGAUGAGAAAUCUCUGAUUCAUUUAGAAUUGAAAAAUUUCAUGACUUUGAAUAACUCAAUUUUGCAGAAAAGAGAAGCUCGUUGGUGUUUGUGUGAUCACCAGUUUGGAAUGAAAAAUUGGCUCUAUAUCAUAUUUGGAUACAUGUUGCAGCACUAUACCGAGGAGGAAGUAAAUGAAUGUUUGGAUGAUAUCAUUAAAAUGUAUUUAAGUGCUAGGAAAAACCGAAUAUCACCAGAUGAUAUCAGGAUUAUACGCGACGAACGAGAUAUCAUUACUUUAAACACAUUUCAGAACUUUGUCAACAAGGUCAAAAUACGAGAAGAUUUGCUAUAUGGCUCGAAUCAUCAGGCAAGGUUUGUUUCGUUUUCAGAAGCCAAUAAUAAGAGAAUCUAUUUACCACCAUUACCAAAAUUACACGAUAGGGAACUAUUAGUGAAGGCCUUGAUGCACAAGGAAUAUUACCGACUUUUAUUAGACCCAAGACACAGUUUUGCCAAAACAAUGCAGUCUAAAGGUUACGAUUUAUCAUUUAGUGAGUAUGGUAUUAUCAGAAAGGAAAUCUCAUUCUUGGAUGGAUUAGGCGAUUUCUUUCUAGCCCAGGAAACUUCAAAACUAAUUUAUGACUUGUGUAAUGAAACAAGUACUUUGUCAUCAUCGUCGCACAAAGUUGACUUGAAUGUUAAUUCGACAACUUAUAAUCUAAUCAAAAUGAUCCUUGCUACAAACACAUUAAUGUCCAAAUUAACCAAAUGCUAUAAUCUAUACAGGGGUUUAGAUGAUGAAAUAAUCAACACUCGAAUAGCCAAUGACUAUAUCUCGUACACUCUAACCGGGGUAUUAACUAAGGGUAAGGAUAUAGACGAAAUGAGAAUUUAUGAGGAGGAGUUCUUGGGUGAUUUUUUUGAAAGCUAUAUGGCUGCUCUACUAAUUGAACAGGCAGAUGUUGCAAAGCGUUUUAUUAGAGAAAUUUAUAAAAGAUUACUCCUGGUGAUAACGGAAACUUUACCACCUCAAGUGACUUAUCAGCACUGGACCACAAAUAUCUUGGGAAGAAACAUUUAUUGUAAGAAAGAAAUUGCUUGA